AUGGUGUCCAAUCUGAGCAAGAAAAAGGCCACGCAGAAGAAGGCGGUGAUAGCGGCUAAGAGAGGAGGCAAGGCGGCUGCUUCGUCGAAGGCGUCGGCAACAGCUUCAGCUUUUUUCUGCUUAAACAGAAGUAGCAAAAUGGUUUUUGUUUCGCAAGCUGCUACACCGUCAUACUGUAUUCGCCAUGACACCUUAUUUUGGCACAUCUUCGAUGUGUCCAAUUUUAGGAGGAUACCUUGCUUUGCUGUCUCUCCUUCUUCCUGGGAUUCUGCUAAGAAGGAUUGGCAAGAAGCAGAGUUGAUCGAUGAAAUUGUGGAAGCAAUUUUUUCAAAUUUGAAUAACAAUUGCUACAGAGAUGAACUCAAAAGUCCCUUUAUUUGUAACAGAAAUUAUACUUCUAUUAAAUCUUUAUUGAAAUUCAAGUCGGAGAAAGUUCUUGUGAUUGGAAUUUGGGGUAUGCCUGGAAUUGGCAAGACAACAAUUGCUACUACUCUUUUUCAUGAGUGCUCCUCAGAAUACGAAGCUGAUUUAAUUCAACUCUUUCGUAGUUGUCUGAGUUCUGGUAGUAAAAUUAUUUUGACAACAAGGGAUAGAAAUGUGCUUACAAGUGGAGGAGUUGAAGAAAUUCAUGAAGUGAAGGAAAUGAAUUUUGAGGACUCUCUUAAACUUUUUAGCCAUAAUACCUUUCGUGGUUCUCAUCCUAAAGAGAAUUAUUAUGAGCUAUCAACAAGAGUCGUAGCAGAUUAUGCCAAAGGAAUACCGUUAGCAUUAAAAAUUUUGGGAUCAUUUCUUCGGACCAAAGAAGAAAGCGAAUGGGAUAGUGCAUUGAAUAAGUUAAGAAAGUAUCCCAAUACUGAUAUUCAGCAAGUGUUGAGAUUGAGUUAUGAUGCAUUAGAUGAUGAUGAAAAAAACAUCCUUUUAGAUGUUGCAUGCUUUUUCCACGAGCAUGAAAUGAAGAUGGAUAUUCAUGGAGUUGAAAGCAUGAUUGUGGAUAUGAAUCAAAUUACAAUAGAUCCACGUAUAAUCAUUAUUGCAUUAAGAAAGAUGCCAAAGUUAAGGUUGCUUGCUUUAAGAGGAAAUAUCAACAUGGAUCUUGAAUGGAACAGAGUGUUUCUAGAGGAUUUUCAACUUCCUAAUGAAUUAAGGUAUAUUGAGUGGGAUAAAUGCCCACUUAAGAUUGUGCCAUCUAUUUGUUGGCCUCAAAAACUUGUUCAGCUUUCGAUGCGAGAUAGCAAUGUUGAAAAACUUUGGGAUACAGCACAGAAUCUACCAAGUUUGGAGUUUAUUGACCUCGCUCACAACAAACGCUUGAUAGAGUGUCCAAAUUUAGCAGGUGCCGCAAAUCUCAAAUCAGUAUCACUCAUUGGCUGUGAAAGCUUACAAGAUGUUCAUCCAUCUAUUUUCUCUCUCCCCAAGAUUGAAAAACUAUAUGUGAGCUUGUGCACAUCGCUAAAGAGGCUUUGCAGUGACUAUUGCUCAUCCUCUCUCCGUGGCUUAUGGGCCACUGGUUGCUCCGAUUUGGAAGAGUUCUCAAUCUCCAUGAUGGCUGAUCAUUCCAAAAUCCAGUUAUUUACUCUCUUCAGAAGCUUCCUCUAA